GACAAUACCCAUACAUAGCUUUUCAUUUUUAUGUUUCUUAACUCCUUCACAGAGCACGAGAUCCCCUUCUUCCUAAGAUAAUAUCCCCUUCUUGUUCAUCCACAGAUAUGUCCUCAAAUCAUAAACUCCCUUCUUGUUCAUCGACAACUCGAUCUUAACAAGUUUUUUACAAGAUUUAUUAUUAUUUUCUUCCAUUAAUCAAAUUCAACAAAAACUCCAAGAACCCUAGAUUCAAAAUCCAAUUUGUUUCUUAAUAAUUAGAAAUCAAAGUUAGAAAUUGAAGACGAACCUCACUCUCACAUCAAAGAUCGAAACUCACUGUCUCAAAUUCGUAACCCCUAUCUCAAAAUCAAAACGCAUGUACCAAUAGAAAUCUAAAGAAAAAUUUGUAACCGUAGAUUAGUUUUCUUCUCCUGAAAUCAUCAGAAAGGUGUUUCCUUAUAUAUUUUUUGCCUGCAAAAUCAAGUCUUUAAGUAGGUUGAAGAUCUCUUCUCCUAGUGAAAGAAAUAAAACCCUUAAAUUUGAAAUUGAAUCUUCUCUUAUUGCUAUUAUUAUUGUGAUAUCCUGAGGUUUAAAUGUGAAUUAUUGCUGAGAUAAGGAGAUUUUCGCUUGUGUUAACUUAAAUGAAAUGUUCAAUACUUAUUGGACCAUAUAAUGUGCAUCUCGAGUUAUCACGGACAGAGAAACUGGGAGGUCAAGGGGCUUUGGAUUUGUCAGCUACAUCUAUGAAGAAAAUGCUAGUUAAGCUCUUACUAUGGACGAUCAGGAUCUAGGUGGAAGACAAAUCCGUGUAAUCUAUGCUAAUGAGAGACCUCCCCGGAACUUUUGUGGCGGUGGCUAUAACAAUGGUGGAGGUGGCUAUGGGAACAAUGGUUGCGGUGGUUAUGGAGGUGGCGGAAGAAAUGACGAUUUCUGAACCUGUGUUCCUUUUGGAUCUGCAUGUUUACAGGCUAAUGCGGUGCGUAUAUCCUCAAACGAUUGAUGUGGAGAGAAUCCUCAAACGAUUGGAUAAGUUGCAGCAUAUAAGUGCAAAUCUACCAAAGGAAAAGGUGCUUUCCAGGAUUCGUAAUUAUCUACAACUUGUUGGGAGAAAGGUAGACGAGAUUGUUCAGCAGCACGAAUUUAGGAUGAUAAAAAGACUAUGGAACUAUGAUUUCACCUUUUCAAACCUAUCUGGGGCUUCAGCAAAUAUUUUCUAAACUUAAAGAGGAGCAGCAGUCUGAGGCAGGUCCAUCCUACCUAAAUGGAUCUGCACCAGAUCACUACCCAAACGAUAGAGAUAAUAGUUCCAUGCAGUAUCGUUCGUAUGGCCAGAAUAUUCCAAACCCAAAAGGGUUCUAAAAGCAUCCGCCUCAGCGCGCUUCAUAAUCAUUUCAUCGAGACCAGGAAAGUGCGAAGUCAGAAGAGGAGACACAAGAAGUUGAAGGGGAAGAACAAAUGGAUGCAACUUACAGCGUAACCGAUGGUGAACCCUUGAGCUUAGUGCUACUAGUCACUGGCCUAUCCCUGAUUAUGCAUUGGCAGCAAAUAAUUGUUUGAAAGGAGUGGGACAGAACAAUGGAUUUGGUGCAGCUGAAAACGCUACAUUCCUGUAGUUUUGAUUAUAAAACUUAGCAGUCCAAAAAAAAAUAGUUGUUUUAUAGAGGCGAAUUUUUGGUGGGCUCUGGUAGCUUUUGUCUGAGUUGUAAAACGACUGUGAGGAAAAGAAGAUUCUAUGAUGCAUGUUUUUGGCGGGAUUUUUCGCGCCAGAAGCAAUGGUUAGAUGAUGAGCCUAAAUGGAUCAAUGGUGACAGGUGAGAAUCCUCGUUUCUAUCGGCUCUAUAUAUCUCUUCUCUCUCACCUUUAUCUUUUACGUUUCUGUCACUUGUUCUUACACAGGAAAGAAAACUCAGAGACAAAAAGAAAAAUCAAAGACAGAAAAAUGAUUUCAGAUUGAGAAAAACCCUGACUAACAAGUGAUUCAAAACCCUAUUUCUCUUCUAUAUCCGUAAACCCCUGUUCUCAAAACCCUAUUUUUGUUCUGUGUCUAUAAACCCAUUUUCUCAAACCCUAGUUCUCUUCGUAUCUUCAAAAUACCUUUUCUUCAUAACCCUAUUUUAGAUUUCAAUUCUCAUCAGAAGUCCUUCAGGUGCAGAUUAAUCUUCAGAAGAGGUGCAGUAAUUUCUCAAAGAUCUUCAGAUAAUAUGGCUAGGGGACCUAGAAGUAGCAGCAUAUCUCAUCGGUCUGGAACUCCUACCACAAAUAAACCUACCUGGACUCCUUUGGUUUAUACACGAAGGUCUCCAUCUACUAAUGGUUCAGACAGUCAUGGAAGAAGUUCGAAUUCAAGUGGAGGGUCCGGGUCUCAUCCAUCGUCUCAGGGUGAACAUUCUCCUAGUGGAGGUUCAGAGCCGUGGCAUGAGGCUCUAUGUCAGACGAAUAGUGAUAGUGAACCUGAAAUUAGUGAAGAAAACAUGAUUGGUGAUGAUCAGCGUCUGCCAAUUGAUUUUAAUGACAUAGGCCAAUCUAUAGGACCUACCAAAAAGAUGUAUGCCACCAAGAUGGGGAAAAUAACCAGAAAUCUCGUCCCACCAUCUAUUAAAAGUUGGAAGCAAGUUCCUCUGCCAUUGAAGGAAGAAAUCUGGAGGAGUCUCUCCAAUGCAUACAUGGUUCCUGAAUAUGUCAAGGCCAAAGCUUUGAAAAUGGCAAAUAUGUUAUGGAAGAAUGCCAAGACUAAACUAAGGGCGAUGUGUGAUGACUGUUCCAGUGUUGUUGAAAUGAGAAAAAGGAUACCCAAAAAUUUGAAAAAAGAGGACUGGGAUGCCUUCGUUGAUAUUGUGAGUAAAGGCGAAGAUAAAGAGGUUAGGGAAAGAAUGAAGAGAGCAAGGUCAAAGCUAAAAGCUGCACACAGUACCGGUAGGCGUGGUAUUGCACAACGCCGACAUGAAAUGGAACAAGCAAGUCCUACUGGUAAGGUAUUAAGGGUUGACCUGUACCUGGCUACACAUGUGUACCAAGAAAUGUCUGAAGAGGACCGUCUACACUUCGAUCCCCUAUCUUAUGAAGUAACAUCAAGAGAUUAUGUUCAAAAGGUGACGGAGUUGAAUGAAACAGAUGAGUUUAGAGGUGAGACUGAUCUAGAUAAGGAUGCAGUUGCGAAGGUACUUGGCCGUGAUGGAAGGGGUGUUGUUCGAGGCUUUGGAGGUGGGGUCUCAAAGACUGAGUUACGUGCAUCUGCAGUUAGUAGAGAGCUGUUGCGUAAGGAGAAAUUGAAGACUGCUGUUAUAGAAAAUCGUGUCCGUAAUCUUGAGGAGACUGUUGAGGAGCUAAGAGCCUUAAGUGUCAUCCCUGGCACCAACAAUGCUAAUAAUACUCAGACAAUGAAUGUGGAUGGUCAAAGAGUCCAGUAUGUUGUAUUAAGGAAUAUGCGCAAGGGUGCAGUUGCAUUCAGACGUAUUGAUAGGAGUGCUGAUGAAAAUGAUGAUUUUUAUUUUCCCGUCCUCAUUGAUGAAGUAGUGAUACGCAGUGAGCCGCUCUGCGUUGGAGAAGGAACUCUUUCUAGUGUGAAACAUGGUGCCAAGAUUUUGUGGCCCAAGCACUCUGUUGGACCUUGGCCAGUAGUACUUGAUGCAUAUUUUUGAAGUUGAAGGUUUCUGGUAGUUUAAGUGAAUAUUUUGGAGCCUUUUGGGGUAUACAAAGGGAUGCUGUGAAGUAUAUGGGGAACAUGUAACUAUCUUGAAGAAAUAUAUGGAUAUGGUGUAAGUAUUUUGGGACAGUUGAUACGGUGCGAGUAUUUUGGGAUCUAACUUGUGGUUUUGAGUCUCUUCUCUUCUUUUGUAAAGAAGAAAUUCAAAACUCAAUCUUAAUUAUCGGAUAAUUUACAAGUUUAAUGGUUUAUUAUGUAGCUUCAGCAGGUUUUAUAGCCCUGCUAUCAUCUAAUGAAAUAUUCUGAUGGUCACUUA